GCUCCCUCCCACUUCCUGCUUCUCCACCCACAGCAGAUAGCUGCUUUUCUACAGCAGUUCUUGGCUGGGCUUCUGGUCACAUUUUGCUGAAAAAUGCCAGCAAUGUUUUCUUUCUGUUCCAGUGCCUAUAGUGGUUUAUUAGACUUCCUGCAGUCAAGGCCCCCAGACGCCUACAAUGUGUCAGGCCCCAAGGGAGAAACCAAGAACUUUCAAGAGCACAAGGUAAUGGGAGGCAGGGGACAUAGCUAUUCCUCUUGUUCAGUGGCCAGCACCCUGGUGGAGGAAGAGGAAUAUGAGCAGAUUCUCCCAGACAAUCCUGCAGGAGCACUGGCCCAGCAUUCUAAACAAGACGUGUCUGGAGAUCUGAGGAAGAUGGAACAGACUCCAGAGAGGCUGAGGCUCAUCCUGGUGGGGAAAACCGGAAGUGGAAAAAGUGCAACAGGAAACAGCAUCCUUGGCCAGGAAGUGUUCCAGUCUAAGCUCAGUGCUACACCAGUGACCAAGACCUUCCAGAGGGGGAACCGAGACUGGGCCGGGAAGGAACUUGAGGUGAUUGACACCCCCGAUAUUUUGUCGCCUGGAGUUCCACAGGAAGUGGCAGGUAGGGGCUCCUGGGAAGCCAUCGCCUCCUCCUCCCCAGGGCCACAUGCAGUGCUCCUGGUGAUUGAGCUGGGCAGGUUCACAAAGGAGGACCAGUUGGUGGUCAAGCGCCUCCAGGAGGUCUUUGGAGUAGGAGUCCUGGCCUACACCAUUCUGGUGUUCACCCGGAAGGAAGACCUGGAUGGUGGCUCUCUGGAUGAGUAUGUGCGAGAGACUGACAACCGGGAGCUUGCCCAGCUGGAUGUGAUUUGUGCCAGGCGCCACUGUGGCUUCAACAAUAGGGUGGAGGGGGAAGAGCAGGAGGCCCAGCUGAAGGAUCUCAUGAAAAAAAUCGACAUGGUCCUGUGGGAAAACGAAGACCAUCAUUACAGCAACAAGGCUUACCAAUACUCCCAGCAAAACCUUCUGCUCAGAGAAAUGCAGGGAGGACAUAUAAUCCAGGGUCAAGGCUCUGAGGAAUGGCCCAGUGGGGAAUCCUGGCUGGAGGGACUGUGCAGAAUCCAGUAGGCAUCUGAAGAAACUCACAAAAGUCUCCUGAAGUGAGCACACAUCUGAGCAUAUGCUGGACUCCAGUGAGGGACAGCUAUUUCCUGUGAGUCCCUCUCAGCCCUGUGUCCAGCUUCCAGCCUGUCAUUUGUUCUCUCCAUCCCAUGAGUCACUGACCAUACCAGUCUCCAAGUGGGUAUGUGGUAUGGGUUCCUGAAUUCGCAACUCCCAUCCAGGUCCUUCAUCACAUCUUUCAGUGCAUGUAGACCCCUCCCUCCUCUGUUCCCCUCUACUUUCUGCAUGCCUUCUCAUAUGGAACCUCACAUUGCAUUGGCAUUAUGUUUCUUGAAGUUCUUAUCUUUACCCUGAUAAAACCAACACUUCUUGAGGGUAGGUCAUUCCUCAUUCUUCACAUGAUCCCCACAGCAUCCUGGUCACUGGAAUCAUUCCUUACAUGAUGAUAGAAAAUAUGAGUGGGGCAUUGGUCAGGUGAUUUCACACUUCUUGGCCUAUGUCCUCACUAGUAAAGGGGCAGGCAUAGUGACUUUAAGGUACCUGUUAUGUGUGGUGGGUAAGGACAUAGCAAUGGCUCUGCAGCAAGUGGGGAGGGACAACUGCUGGCCUAGGGACAAGAAAGCUAGCAGAAAGAGGGAAGGUGCAGGAGGAGCAGCCCUUUUAUUCACUCCUGAAAGAGGUCAUUGAAUCACAACAAAGGAGCUUCCUGGGAACUUUCUGGUGGGAAUGAUGGGCAAAGUGUGGCUGGGUUAUCCCAGGAGCCAUGCUUGAUCAGGAAAGCAGCCCUUAGACCUGGUUACAGGAGAUGGAAAUCCCAAGAGGUACCAAGGGGGGUUGGGCAGAGGAGGAGCACUAACCCUAAAUUGGAGUUAGAUCAGGGAUAUUCUAAUUAGAAUCACCUUUCAUUAUAUAUGCCUUCUGAUGUUGGAAAAAAAGGUGAUUUCCAACCCUGUCUCAGACUUAUCUGCAACUCCUUCCCUUUGCACUUUAUUGUGGGAGAAAGCAUGUAUGGCGUCAGUGUCUGGGUGUGUAGUUGGGUCCCCAGUAAGGUAUGUGUGGGUGUCGUAUGGAGGAAGGCAGAAAAGAAAGAGAACCUGAAAAGGUGGCAGGUGAGUGACAUAAAAAUCAUAGAGAGCAUUAUUCCUGGUGAUGUGGGUGUGUCUGCAUCCCCUGGCUCUUUCUGGAGGGCUGCUCCUGCAGACAGGGGCCAUAGGAAACAAAGUGGAACAGAAGACAGCAGAUGUUUGUCCGGGCUUGGCCUCUGAUAGGUAGGUGCCAUCUAAACUCACAAAAUAGAUUGACACACCUCAAAUGCACCUCAGCUUUUCUGAGUUUCAGUAUGCUCCACCGUGAGUCUAACCAACAGAUGGAAACAGGAUAGGAGGGAACAGGGGAAAUGCCUCCCUAUAGACCUCGCUUUUCCUUUUUUCAAGCCAUGUGGCAGCUACAUUCUUUGGGGUGGGGUUGAAUGUGGAGGUGGGGGUGACAGUGCUGGGGGACAUUCAGAAAUUAGAGACACAGCCUCAAAUCUGUCUGGAUGCUCACCUGCUGAGUAGAGACCCUCUACUUGCAGAGGCCUUAUUUAAACCAUCAUCUCCCAGACCGGAGGCCGUGGAACCCACUUCUCAGGUAUAGGAGAUACCUAAGAAAGCCGGAGAAUUUCUUGUGUUAACAGAUUCAGGAAAGUGACUCAAGGCAGAACAGAAACUUAUUUGGGUUUAUACUUAAGACAGCCUUCAUGCCAUAUGUCCCUUCCCCCUUCUCAUUGCCCUCCCCACCUCCCAAGAUAAAUUUCUUUAAAUGUUGAUAUUCUCACUGGUUAGCUUAAUUCUUUUCAUAACAGAAAAUAAAGCAUUUCACCAAAUAACACCCAAUCAGUGAUUUUAAAGGCAAGUCACUCAAAGAUAUCAUUAAAAAUUCUAAAGGAAUUGUUUUUAAUUAUAUCAAACGUGCUGUUUUCUCUUGCUCAUUAUUAAGAAUCAGAGAAGAUGCUGCCCACAACAUUUCAGUAGACAGUUCAGAUGCUGCUCCACUGCUGUCAUUCCGGGGGUUCCCAGAGUGGGGCAGGCAGGUGUGGGCCUGUCUAGAAAUUCCAGUCUGUGUAUCAGUAAGAAAGACAUGAUGUGAGCAGGGUGGGCUAGGGAGAGAGGGUUGUUUUGGCCCAGGCUACGAAAAUAGUGAACUUUAGAUUUUGUUCAUUAAAAAACAACAUUUCAACACUGGAGUAAAGCAGGAAAAACAGGGAUUUGUGCACUUUGAAGUGUCCAGUGAAUACACACUUGUUUCCUCCUUGGUGGAUUAAACCAGCUGCUAAAGCCUCAGGGAAGGAUUCCUGCUCCCAGUUCUCCUGGAACAACAUUGAUGAACUAUGGAGAAAAUACAAAAUAAUAAUUGUAAAACAACUGUUUGAGGCACUGGGAAGUCACCAAAUGCACAUAGACCCUCUAGGGCAUUCAAAUCUUAGUCAAUAUCCUUUGGCAAAGAUAAGGGAACCAAACUGCUGCCACAUUCAUGUGGCUUCCCUGAGAGCACUUUGUCCAGCUCACACAGGAAAAACACUCAGACAGAAAUUCACGGUGAUUGGAGAGAAGGUAGAUGGAUUGUGUGGGCAAUCAGAGCAGGUGGACUCUGAUGGAGAACCCCCCAAUAAACACAGACAUCCCAUCAUGGGAGAGCUUCGGAAAUUAUGCAUGUAAACACCCCUCAAAUCUUUGGCUGACCCAGGAAAUUUUACCUCCAAAGGGUCCAGGGAAAAUUAUCCUGGAAGGCAGGAAACACAGGUCAAAGAUAUCAGCAGGAGCCCUGCAGCAAACACAGAAUUUGCGGCUCUAGUCCACCAAGUAUUUUCACUGAAAUCAUUAAAGAGUCAUAUUUUAGGAGUAAAAAGCACAUUAGUGUUAAGGAAUUUGCUUAAAGGAGCAGCAAAAUUUGAGUAGUCCCUAUCUAAUGACAUCUAAAACCAGCUUUCCGAUGGUCAAGGUGAUGUGCCCAUAAUUUAAGUGUCUGCUUAAAUGACAAACACACUCAAUAUUCUUCAGGAGAAGGUAAUAAUAUUCAGAGCCUCUACCAGCAUAUUACUUGAAAUAUCCUGUAAACUAUAUAAAAAUUCUUCUUUUCUAACAUAAGGUUAGAAAGCUAUAGUUUCCUUCUAUGCAUGUUUAUAUAAAUCUCUCAAA